AUGGCUCCUAUCACCAAAACUCUCGCCCUUGCUGGCGCUCUCUUCGCCAUGACCGGCUAUACUGCUCCCGUCGCCAAGCGCGCCGUUGUGUGGGAGACCGUUACCGACGUUGUCUGGACUACUGUCGAUGUCACUACCACUGUCUACCCUAACCAGGCUCCUACCGCAACUGUCGUUCCCGUGGCCUCCGCUGUCCCUACCACUGCUGCCGCCGUUGCAACCCCCUCCGAGGCUCCCGUUGAGACCCCUGUUGAGACUCCUGUUGAGACUCCUGUUGAGACUCCCGAGGAGAAGAAGGCUGCGCCUACUACCAGCACCAGCACCACUGAGGCCGCCCCUGCCCCCACUGUCAAGGUGGAAGCUUCUUCCGCUGCCCCAGCCCCAGCUCCUACCGAGGAGACCUCCACCCAGGCUCCUGCUCCCACCACUUCUACCACCACCAGCGCUGCUGCCGCCAACACUCGCUCUGCCAACAUCCUAGACACCGUCAGCUCUGGUUACACCGGCGCUUGCUCCAAGGGCUCUCCUUGUGAUGGCAUGAUCACCUUCUACGACACUGCCACCACUUCCACCAACCCCAGCUCUUGCGGUACCACCAACGAUGGUGCAUCCGAGAACGUUCUUGCCCUUCCCGUCGGUAUCAUGAAGGACGGCGACUGCGGCAAGACCGUGACAAUCACCUACAACGGCCAGACCGCCACCGGUACCGUUGUCGACAAGUGCAUGGGCUGCGACGACACCUCCAUCGAUCUGUCUCGUCACCUCUUCGGUGAACUUGCUUCCAUGGACGCUGGUCGUGUCUCCGGCGCCAAGUGGUACAUCCACUAA